AUGUUGAGCACCUUCCUCUCGCUCAGCUUCGCGGCACUCGCGGUCGCGUCGCCUCUCAAUCCAAAGAUCGGCAUUUCAUCGCGGCACGCCAACUUGACCUGGGAGAUUCUUCCCACAGGAAGCAAGCAGCAGUUUCGAGGAUUGUCGCCAGUCUCGGACAAGAUCGCCUGGGUUUCUGGCACGAAUGGCACCGUCCUGCUUACCACAGAUGGCGGCGCCUCAUGGUCAUCGGUAGGACCUUCACUCGCGCCGGAAGAUGCAGAGCUUCAGUUCCGCGACGUGCAAGCCUUCUCCGCUGAGAAGGCCGUCAUCCUGUCCAUCGGCGAAGGGGCGGAUUCACGCGUGUACAUCACCAAUGAUGGAGACGCGUCCUGGACAGAAACGUUUGCGAAUGAAGAGGCUGCGGCAUUCUUCAACUGCGUCGACUUUGAGGAUGAGGAGAGAGGCCUUGCGGUUAGCGAUCCUGUCGAUGGCAAGUUUCGAUUGAUCGAGACGGUGGAUGGAGGAAAGUCCUGGGAGAUUGUUGAAUCCAGUGGAAUGGUACCUGCGUUGGAAGGGGAGUUCGGCUUUGCUGCCAGCGGGACGUGCAUCUCAACCGCUGCGGGUCGGUGGCAUCUUGCUUCUGGUGGUGUUGACCCCGGCAGAGUCUUUCGAAGUGCUGAUGGACACAACUGGGACGUCUCGGGAAGCGCAAUUGCGGGUGGCGCAUCGGCUGGCGUCUUUUCGGUGCAGUUCAAGGACGAGCUCAACGGCAUCGCGGUCGGCGGGGACUUCAACGUUGCCAACGGCUCAGCACACACCUCGUCAUGGUCGGAAGACGGAGGCGCAACGUGGACGGCGUCGGAGGCGUUUCCGGGCGGAUACCGGUCGGGUUCAUCAUGGGCUCCGGGUCUUUGUAAUGUUGCGGUUGCGGUCGGACCAUCCGGAUCAGAUGUGACAGUUGAUGGCGGGCGGACGUGGAGGACGUUUGAUGCAGGGUCGUUUGACAGUGUCGAGUGUCUUUCUGGGCGCGUCUGCUGGGCGUCUGGAUCUGGCGGAAGGGUCGGAAGACUUUGGUUGAAAUGA